CUGGUCCCGGAGAAACGUCCGUUUAACGUUCAGCGGUUGUAGUUUAACGUUAGAAUCACCGCAAAAAGUGGAUCUAAUUGUUUUUUAAAUAUCGAGAUUUAACAAAACAAAAACUGGGAAACCCAAGGGAAGCUUUUGAUUGGCUGUUCAAUUGUUUUACCGCUAGAGGGCGAAAUCGAGCCUAAGUCACCAAGACACGGCGCAGAGAAGAGAAAGAGAAGAAGAACCGUAAACAAACCGAGCGGAACGUCAGCUUCACCGUCCGUCCUCCGCGGCUGGAAGGAGAUGCAGACGCUCAGCAGACGGACUUUGGACAGGAUCCAGUCCACGGUUCUGUUGGCCGUGGUGGUUCUGUCCUGGUCUUAUGUGAUCUACGCCGGCAGGGUGGCGGCCCAGUGGAUGCUGGAGAAAAGGACUGGGGUCCAGAACUGAGGAAGACCUGGAUCCUCAGGAGCUGGAGGUCCAGAACCUGCUGGAGACCCAGAACCUGCUGGAGACCCAGAACCUGCUGGAGGCCCAGAACCUGCUGGAGGUCCAGAACCUCCUGCAGAGCCAGAAUCUGCUGGAGGCCCAGAACCUGCUGGAGGUCCAGAACCUCCUGCAGACCCAGAAUCUGCUGGAGGUGCAACAGGAGAGGAUGGAAGACCUGCAGGUUCGGUCCAGCAGAGGGCGCUGUUGACGCCUUUGGUCAGUGCACCGCGUGAUUGGAUGUUGGACCGUUUCCUGUUGACACAGGAACGCGAUACGUACAUUACAUACGUUGGCAGCGACAAACCAAUCAGAGAACGACACGUACCUUAUCCACGCCUCCAGUUGGUAUAUAUCACUGGCACGUCGCCAAACGAGCCCUGAACAUGGCGCCCGUGAAGAGACAGGCCUACGAGGCGCAGUUCAAGCUCCAGGCCAUCAGUUACGCGGUGCUGAACGGGAAUCGAGCCGCCGCCAAAGAGUUCCACAUCAACGAGUCGAUGGUCCGGAAGUGGAGGAAGCAGGAGAGCGAACUGCGCCAAGCCAAGGAGACCAAGCAGAGUUUCCGUGGCAACAAGGCGCGGUGGACGCAGCUGGAGGACCGGCUGGAGGACUGGAUCGUGGAGGAACGGGCCGCCGGCAGGAGCGUCUCCACGGUCGCCAUCCGGCUGAAGGCCACGGCGAUGGCUCAGGACCUGAACAUCCAGCACUUCCAGGGCGGCCCGUCGUGGUGCUUCCGCUUCAUGAAGAGGCGCCGUCUGUCCAUCCGCCAGCGGACCGCCGCGGCGCAGCAGCUGCCGGAGGAUUACGACGAAAAGCUGUCCGUCUUCCGGCGCCACUGCUGCAACAAGAUGGCCGACCGGAAGGUCCCGCCCCACCGCGUCACCAGCAUGGACGAGCUUCCGCUCACGUUCCACGUCCCCAUGAAGCGCACGGCGGACGACGUGGAGGCCGGCGCCACGGCGCACGACACGCCUGUGUUCUCUGUGGUGCUGGGUUGUCACGGUAACGGACAGAAACUUCCACCUAUGGUCAUUUUGAAGAGGAAGACGCUGCCAAAGGAAGCGUUUCCCGCCGGAGUGGUGGUCAGGGCCAAUCAGACGGGCCGCAUGGACGAGCAGGACAUGGGGGUGUGGCUGAGGGAGGUGUACGUGCAAAGGCCCGACGGUCAUUCGCACGCCACGCCGUCCCUGUUGGUCUGCGCCUCCACGCACGCCCAUCUCGCCGCCGCCACCGCCGAGAACCGAGCGGAGCUGCUGAGCUCGGAGCUGGUCAUCAUCUCGGCAGGUUUGACGAAGGAGCUCCUACCGCUGGACAUGGGCGUGGCCAGAGCGUUCAAGGGGAAGCUGCGAGCGGCGUGGGAGCGAUGGGUGACGGACGGCGAACACAGCGGGUGGCAGCGGCGGGCGAGUCACGCCGCCAUCUGUGAGUGGGUGCAGAACGCCUGGGCGCAGGUCUCUGCUGUCACCGUCGCUCGAGCCUUCGCCAAAGCCGGCUUCGCCGCCGAACAGACGCCUGGCAGCGACUCCGACACGGAUGAGAGGGAAGACGGCGUGCUGGACGGCGAGGAGGCCCGGCAGUUCGGUUCAGACACAGAAGACGAGGACUUUGAUGGAUUAGUGGGGGAAGACUGACAGAUGGAGUCAGACUACUGUCAAAAUGAAACGCUCGCUCACCCACGCCGCUGUGCACGCCCCUGUGCACGCCGCUGUGCACGCCCCUGUGCACGCCGCUGUGCACGCCCCUGUGCACGCCGCUGUGCACGCCCCUGUGCACGCCGCUGUGCACGCCGCUGUGCACGCCGCUGUGCACGCCGCUGUGCACGCCGCUGUGCACGCCGCUGUGCACGCCGCUGUAGGAUCGGUUUCACGUUUACUAUGUCUGUUCGUGAACUUUCUCUCUUUUGAACUUGGAACAAUAAAAUAAUGACGACACGUUUAUGUCUGUGGAGGUAAAACUAAAGAAAUAUGAAAAAUCGUUGUAACGUCAUUUAUUCAAACUGGCGCCGCAGCAGAACUCCGCCCACUUUAGUCCAGCGUUAGCUUCCAUGUCUCCAUCAACCUGUGACAGACGCAGACCUUCUGUUUUGACCUCAUUCAAUGCCUGCUGCUCGGUUCUGCUCUUCUGCGGUGCAGCGUUUACACCAUUAGCUGUUGCCUAGCAACAACAAACCAGCUGAAAAGGUGGGGGGGGGGGGUCGCUGUCCUCAUUCAGUAAUUGUUUCAGCAGUUAUGGUAACAAAUCUACAGCGGUGACAUCAGUAAAGGUGAGUUCUGCUGCAGCUGAAUGAGCCUCAGCCGCUGUUUCAGGACUCAAACCUGUGACACCCCCCCCCCCCCCCCCCGCAUGUGUGUUUGACUCAGAGGUCAGAAACAAAGACAGACGUUUCCACAUGAAUCUAAAGUCUUUUUUUUAAUGUCUGUGUGGUUCAGAACGUCGUCUCUGAGCAAACGCUUCAUUUGAACACGUGUGACCCCCCCCCCCCCCACAGUGAAGUCACUGUUCUGUUACCUGUUACAGGCUGUACGUUUACGUCGACUCUACGUCUUCAUGUUUUCUCAUCUUUAUUGGAGUCAAAUCUGUUUCACUCUCUGGGUUCUGCUGCUCCUUUAGCCUGAUACUGAUGAUGAUGAUGAAGAUCCCCCCCCCCCCCCCUCACAGGCUGUCUACCCCCCCAGCAGAGGAAUCAGCUGGUAAAGCUUCCUCUGGAGGGCUGCACUGGAAUCAAAGUGAGGAUGUAAUGACGUCAUUGACCAGCAGGGGGAGUAGAGAUCCGCACACAGCUGGACGGUUUAACGGAGAAAUCCGGUUUACCGUCAAAUGUCUCUGUGGUUUCAGGUUCAUGAAAAGCUUUUAGUUUUUCUGACUUUAUUCAUCUUUUUCAAAUAAUUCUGCAUCUUUGUGUCCAACAGGAUUUUUCAGUUUUGUUGUUUUUUCAUCCAUCAUUAAAUAAAGUUAAGUUCUUUUAACAAAUCAUUUCAUCUGAUUUUCAUUAAAAACGUUUUUCUGUCACUUAGUUUCUGACUAUUUGCAAACAAAUCGUUUCAUCUAAAUCCUGGUCGUUUGUUGUUCUGUAAAUGUUUCCAUCAUAAAUAAAGUUGGUUGAUGGAU